CGAGCCCGCAUAGUCGAACGACAGUGUUGCUUGUCGAAUUGAUUUGCAAUGAUCCGAAAGAUAGUAAUUGUUGUUACGCUUAUUGUGUGGCAAAUUCUAUUAUUUGUUUCGGCUCACGAAUUUGCAGUAGGAAGUUUCUACACGGAACCACCGAUUCCUCAGCAGAAAAGUACUAGAACUCCUGAAUUGGGAUUUGUUACGCAACGAUUGGAUAACUUUGAUCCAGCCAAUAACCAGACAUGGCAGAUGCGAUACUUUCGCAAUGACGAGUUUUUCGCUAGUGGAGGUCCAAUACUAAUUUUCGUUGGUGGUCAAUGGGGAAUUUCAGGUGGCUUACUGCAGGGCGGUCAAAUUUACAAUAUCGCAGAGGAGCUAAGUGGUCAAAUGUUUUAUACGGAACAUCGAUACUACGGUUUAAGUCGACCAACACCCGACGUUUCGGUGGAAAAUAUGAGAUUUUUGACCAGCGAACAGGCCACAGCAGAUUUAGCUUAUUUCAUUGAACACAUCAGACAGUUACAUCCAGAAUAUCAUCAAUCUGAAGUAAUUCUAAUAGGAGGUGCAUAUGCAGGUAGUAUCGUUACAUGGACUCGGCAGCGAUAUCCACAUUUAGUAGCUGGUGCGUGGGCCAGUAGCGCAACAGUGUUGGCAAAUUUUGAGUUUAUUGAAUAUAAUGAAGUCGUUGGCUCGGCUUUCAAUCAUCUUGGAGGAGAGAAUUGUUUCCAACGGUUAUCUGGAGCGUUUAGUCAGGCAGAACAAUUAAUUUCGGAGGAGAAUUUUACGGAAAUUUCGAAUGUAUUUAGGAUUUGCGAGAAUAUUAACUUCGAUGAUCCGUAUGAUGUGAUGGAAUUCUUCACUAUAUUGUUGCAGCCAUUGACCAGGGUAGUUCAAUACCACAGGGAUGGUGACAUCACAGAAGUGUGUGCAUCACUAUCAGAAGUGCCUGCAGAGAGUGAUAUUCAGGCGUAUGGAAGAUGGUUUAUUCGAAGAGUUUUGGGAGAAAAUCCGCUACCCAAUGACUGUGUAGACUUCCAUUUCGAAAGUGACAUUCAAUUACAUCGUAAUAUCUCGUGGGAAUCAACAGCCGUCCAACGAAAUGAUAGACAAUGGUUUUUCCAAACUUGCCGUGAGUUUGGAUGGUUUCGAACCACCGGAUCAACAUCGCAGCCUUUCGGUUCAUCGAUCACGAUUGAUUAUUAUCUGAAAUUUUGUAGUGAAGUGUUUGGUGACAUCUUUACGGCUGACUUUAUACGGCAAAACAUUCGUCGGACUAAUGUUGCGUAUGGAGGCUUGAAUCCCGGAGUCAAAAAUGUUUACUUUACACACGGAUCAAUUGACCCGUGGCAUCCAAUAGGAAUAUUAACAGAUUUCAGUCCAGACUCACCGGUUGACAUCAUACCAGAUGCGUCACAUUGGCAAGAUCUUGGCUCAGAUGAACCAAGUGAUAGUGCUGAGAUUCGUGCAGUCCGUCAGAGGGCAACUAAUUUGAUAAAAUUGUGGAGUGGCCUGGCAUAGAAAUGCUCGAUUUUUGAUUAAUAAAAGAUAAUUGAACUCCGUCA